AUGAUAUUGCAGUUGCGAACGCUCAGUGACGCGAUGAUGGACACACUCCUUCUGAUGUGGAGUUCGGCUGGUGGAGUUAACGGACAGAGAUUUAAUCCUGAAUGUCAGAAAAUCCGCCAGGCUGUUUUGGAUGUCAUAACCCCUACUUUGUUCCACGAGAAGACCCUGACGGCACUCAUUCGUCACAUGCUGUCUCGCGGACGUAAAAGACCUCAUCUGUUUGCUGCCACCCUCAGUCUCAUGCUGAAUCUUGCUCCGUGGGCUCCGCCACUAGCGAUCACAAAAAGUGAAGUGCCGUCGUGGAAGGAUGUGGUUAUUGGGCAUCGCCAGCGUGUGAACAGAUUCGUCCAUGCCUUUUUCGCUUGUGAGGAAAGAUAUGACUUUGCCGAGAUUCUCCUUUCAUCAUCCCCAUACAUUGCUGAAUUGUCGUUGAAGUUCGUCGAUCGGAUGUGUCGCCUUGAUCGGAGACUUGCUCAAGAUCUGGCAGGGUUCGUUGCAAGAGUUUAA